GCUCAGCUUUGAAUGCAGACACGAAUCACGGGAAUCACGCGUGUGCUGUACUCUGUAACUCCACAUGGCAGAUCCUGCGUGAUAUGACACGGGUGGUUUUGGCUACGUAGUUAUGGACACUGGAGUCGCAUUUCCGAAGAUGUAAAGCCGAACCUUUAUCUCCAGCCACAAGCUCAUCUACAGUCAGCAUUCGUACAUUCUGGACCUGUUACCAUUGGACUGGCACCACUGACCCUGUGGAUACCUCUCCAGAGCGCAGAGGAUUUGCGCAAUUUCCAAGACAGCACCAAAUUACUUAUUUACUUUACUUGGAUGAGUUUUCUCUCCAUUUGGUUUUCUUUGCUUUUGCAUCAUAACCCUUAUUGUAUUGUUAGAUCUUAAUUUUGACAAACAACAGUUCAAUAAUGACCGUCGAUGUAAUUUCGUUGUAAUCCAAUUCGUGUAUCUUUUUUAUGAAAUGCGUAAAAAGGAAAACACCGCGCGUCCUACAUUUUCUUCGGAUGAAGUCUCUUUUGGCGUGUCGGCCCCAUUCCAUUGAAAAUCUAUGGAAGUAAGGCAGUUUGCAUUGAAGUUGAUUUAAGGUGGGAGCUGGGAUUAUUUUCUGCGGGAAGGAGUGAGGAUGCAGUCGGGGAUGCGAGCGCUCUGUGCCGGCGGAGGCGCGUCUCUCUGCUGCCUUCUCAUGUUGUGGAUGAUCUACACCCACCUACUUAAAGAAGGUCAGCUGGCAGUCGGCACGUGCGAGAUAGUCAUGUUAAACAGGGACAGCAGUCAACCCAAGCGCACUAUCGCCAGGCAGACGGCCCGCUGCGCCUGCCGUAGAGGACAGAUCGCUGGCACUACAAGAGCCCGACCAGCAUGCGUGGAUGCUCGGAUAGUGAAAAACAAGCAGUGGUGUGAAAUGACUCCGUGUUCAGAAGGCGAGAUUUGCGGGCUGCUUUUCAAUCGCUCCGGUUGGACCUGCACCAAAGGCGGCGGUCGUAUUAAAACCGUCACGCCUUUGCCCAAGGAGCCAUCUUAAAGGACUUCAGAUCGCCAUAAGGAGGCUUUCUGACAUUCACAGGAACGUCGCCAAUCCGGAAUCAUCCAUCAGCCCCACGUUCGUGUCCAUCUUCUCAUCUCGGCGCUAUAGAAAUCAGCUGCCUCAUUCCCUAUCGUCCCCAAAAAGGAAAUGGAGCCCAGUCAGUCAAGCAUCUGUACGGUUACACGCAGGUCCCAGCGGUGAGCAACACAACCUCUUACAGCGGGGGCAAGCAUUUCUUAGCAAAUCCUUGACAUCAUUCAUCUCAGCUGUUUAUGUUUUGAGCUUGACGUCUUUUAGCCAGGAGAACAUUUUGCUCGCUUUCCAGUUAAGCCAACAAAGAAGACAAACGUCGAGUCUUUCACGGAGAGGCCAAAGCAUCAAUGCUAGUUGGACCUUGUGGGAGUUUUUCACACUCACCACCUGCGAGCAAGGACGUGUUGUUGCGAAAGGGCCAAGGACGUAUCGAGAUGAAUCUACACAGAUGUUUGGGUCUCGGUGCAAGGAGAACAUGUCCCCCUGUCUUUGUCAUGAGUAUGAACGGUUAAACCGCACACGCAUUCAUUUGAUCAAUUGAGAACGGACCAAAACAGACCUUGGUGUCACAAUGCUUCUGUGGCCGUAUGGAUUCUGUGUUUAAGUUGUACGAAUUGCAAUGCACCGAACCUGUCAGCUCAUAUCAUGGGUGAUUUAAAGAUUUGCUGGAUCUCAUCUGUCUUUUUCUCUCUGGGGGCUCUCUUUCACUCUCUGCUUUAAAUGUCUGUCUCUCAUUUCUAUGAAUACUUGAUUUUGACUGUAAAUUGACACUUGCAAUGGAGUAUUGACCUAGAUAGGAAAUAAAGGGUGUGUCUAUGUAAAUGUGCACAAAGCCUUGGGAAGUUUCUUCAUGGGUCGAGCAUGUUCGAUA